CGAGCGGCGCCGGCCACGAUGGAGGCGCCCGGCGGGGCGGAGGGGGCGAGGUGCCCCCAUCCCAUUGUGGAGAUGCUGGACGUGCCCUUCCUGCCCUUCUGCCUCCUCCUGGGCCUCCUGGGCUUGCUGUGCGUGGCCUUUGUGAGCUCCUGGUGCCAGUACUGGCGAGGGGGCUUCGCUUGGGACGGCAGCGCCCGCAUGUUCAACUGGCACCCGGUGCUGAUGGUGACGGCCAUGGUGGUGCUCUAUGGGGCAGCAUCCCUGGUUUAUCGCCUGCCCGCAUCCUGGAGCGGUCCCAAGCUGCCCUGGAAGGUGCUGCACAGCUCCCUGGCACUGGUAGCCCUCAGCCUGGCAGCGCUGGGCUUGGUGGCCGUGUUCCGCUUCCACAAUGCACAAGGUACCCCCAAUAUGUACUCAUUGCACAGCUGGUUGGGCCUGGCCACUGUGCUGCUCUUCUGCUGUCAGUGGCUGGUUGGAUUCAGCACCUUCCUGCUCCCCUGGGCUCCUGCCUGGCUCCGAGGCCUCUACAAACCCAUCCACAUCUUCUUUGGCUCCACCAUCCUGCUGCUGUCCGUGGCCUCCUGCGUGUCAGGCAUCAACGAGAAGCUCUUCUUCAGCCUAAUGGGACAGCACAAUACAAGCUCCUGCCUGCUGAGGCUGUGUUUGCCAACACCUUGGGGCUCCUCAUCCUGCUCUUUGGGGUGCUGGUGCUGGGUGCCCUGGCCCGGCCGAGCUGGAAGCGCCCUGAUGCUGACUGCCCCGACUCCCGUCAGCCACUGCUUGAUGCUGAGCACUGAUGCUGAUGGAGCAGCUGAGGUCUCUCCCUGCCAUUCGUGGGCUCUUUGGAUCCCAUCGCUUCCCUGCCUGCUGUGCUGGAGCAUCCGAGGUCUAUCCCUGCCCUUCCCGAGCUUUGGCUCCAUCACUUCCCUGCUUACUCUGCUGGAGCCAUUCCCAGGAUCCCAGCACUGA